CUGGGAUACCAUGAGACGCCGUAGUCUGCGCGUCCUGUAUCCAUGGAAACGACAACAUGGCUGCAGCGUGAGUUACGAGCGUUGAUCCGAGGGACUCAGGGAGCGGCGCGAGUGGCCAGGGAAGGCUGUGUACAGCUGGAGGGAACCCAGAAGACCAAGGACCCGCCAGUCCCACUUGCCUCUUCUUUGCCCCUUAUUUCUGUUCUCACGGGAGGUGACACACUCAGAGGAAAUAAGUAGAGAGCUUCACACUCAAGCCGGGAUCUGGUAGGAACUCCUGGCUCAGCCAGCGUGCUCCCCAUUGGACUUGUGUUCCAGGAGCCUGAUGCUCACCCAGGCAGCCCCAGACCCUUUCCCGAGGUCCAGGGAGAGCAGGGAUUACACCAUGAACUCUGCGUCGUGCUUCAGCCCCAGCAUGCCCACCGUAACGGGCAGCAGCGCCGCCAUGAGUGCCUGCAGCAGCAGCAUCAGCACCCACCAGCCUGCCAGCAACAUGGAGACUCAGAUGUGCUUCCCAAAGAAGCAGGACAGAAUAAAGAAGAGGGUCAUCUGGGGCAUUGAGGUGGCUGAAGAGCUGCAGUGGAAGGGCUGGGAGCUAGGAAAGGAGACCACCAAGAAGCUGGUUCUGAAAAAUUUGUCCUUGAAAAUCCAGAAGAUGAAGUACAGGCCUCCCAAGACCAAGUUCUUCUUCACUGUCAUCCCUCAGCCCAUCUUGCUGAGCCCGGGCAUAACCUUUAUGCUCCCAAUCAUCUUCCGGCCUCUGGAGGAGAAGGAGUACGUGGACCAGCUGUGGUUUGAGAAAGCAGAGGGGAUGUUCCGUGUAGACCUGAGGGCCAGCCUGCCUUGCCACAAGCUGAUCUGCCCAGCGUCCCUGCAGCUGCCCAUGUGUGCCGUGGGGGACAUGACCGAGGCCUGGUUCUGCCUGAACAAUGUGGGGGACCUGCCCACCUUUUUCAACUGGGAGUUCCCCAGUCCGUUCCAGAUGCUGCCCAUCACGGGGCUGCUGGAGCCUGGCCUGGCCUGCAGGAUCAAGGUGACCUUCCAGCCGCUUAUAGCCGUCAUCUAUGAGGCUCAGGCCACAUGCUGGUACGGGGACAGCAGCAGGCAGAAGAGCAGCAUUCAGCUGCAGGCAGUGGCCAAGUGCACCCAGCUGUUGGUGAGCAUAAAGCAGAAGCGACCCAAGGACCAGGAUGCUGAGGGCUCCCAGAAAGUGCUGCACUUUGGUUCCGUUGCUGUGGGCUGCACCGCAGAGAGGCAGAUCAAGCUGCAUAACCCGUCAGCGGUGAGCACCCCCUUCAAGAUCGAAGCGUCCCCAGACGUGCUGCCCAGAGACCAGGCCUUCUCAUGCUCCACGGCCCAUGGCGUGGUGCACCCUGGAGAAACGAAAUGCGUGUCGCUGUCCUUCCACCCCGAGACCCUGGACACCGGGACUAUGGACUACUUCUCCAUUGUGCCCUCUGGCUGUGCCUCCCAAACUCUGCUCAAAGUCGUCGGCUUCUGUAGAGGUCCCGCUGUGUCUCUGCAGCACCACUGCGUCAACUUCAACUGGAUCAACCUUGGGGAGCGCUCGGAGCAGCUGCUGUGGAUCGAGAACAAGUCGGACUGCCCAGCGCACUUCCAGUUCACCAUCGACUGCCGGGAGAGCGUCUUCAGCAUCAGCCCUUCCUUCGGGACCCUGGUGGGCAAGGCCCGCCUGGCCCUGCACUGCACCUUCCAGCCGGUGCACCCCAUCAUCUACUUCCGGCGGGUGUCCUGUCUCGUCCAUCACCAGGACCCAUUGUUCCUGGACCUGAUGGGGACCUGCCACUCGGAGAGCACCAAGCCGGCCAUACUGAGGCCCCAGCACCUGUCCUGGUACCGCACACACCUGGUGCGGGGCCUGACGCUCUACCCUCCUGAUAUCCUGUGGGCCAUGCUGAAGGAGAAGAAGCUGGAGCAGGAUAAGGAUGGGGCCCUCCUGAUUCCCAGUGAGGACCUGGAGUACACACCAGCCCAGCAGUACCCGGCCAUCCCCCCCAUGACUGAGUACUUCUGCGACGGCACCAGCGACACGGCCGUCUUCCCCCCGCCUGUCAGCCUAGAGCCUGCGGAGGUGGAUUUUGGUGCCUGCCCGGGGCCCCAGACCCCCAACCCCAUGCCCCUGUGCCUCAUGAACUACACCAAGGGCAAGAUCACCGUAGCCUGGACGCGCAGGGCUGACUGCCCCUUCUGGGUGACCCCAGACACCUGCACUGUGCCGCCACUCAAGUCCAUGGCCCUGCGCCUGCACUUCCAGCCGCCCCACCCCAACGGCCUCUAUGCCGUGGAGCUUGAGGCCUUCGCUGUCUAUAAGGUCCUGCAGAACUACAGUAACAUCGAGGAGGACUGCACUGUGUGCCCAUCCUGGUGCCUGACGCUGCGAGCGCGAGGCCACAGCUACUGUGCUGUCUUCGAGCACCACAUCCCCCAAUAUUCCCUGGAUGCCCCCAAGCUAUUUGCCGCAGUAUCUUCCGGUGAACCCUCCUACCGCAGCCUGCUCCUGGUCAACAGAGGCUCCAUGCUGCUCACCUUCAGCCUGGCCCCCAAGAGCAGCUCGGACAUCAUCCUGAGGCCCACCUCGGGCCUUGUGGCCCCCGGGGCUCACCAGAUCUUCCUCGUCUGUACCCACCCCAAGGGCAAUUCCUGGAAGCAGCAUGUUUUCUUCCUGCAGUUCAAUUUUUGCCCCCAGUAUCUCAAGGAGGUGAGCAUGCAGAGCCGGGAGGAGCCACUGCAGCUGAAGAUGGACACCUGUAAAAGCAUCUUCUUCAAGCCCACCUGGGUGGGCUGCUCCUCCACCAGCCUCUUCUCCUUCCACAACCCCUCGCGGCUGCCCCUGGAGUUUGAGUGCAGGGUCUCCCCGCAGCACCGAAAGGUGUUGGCCGUCCAGCCCACCAAAGGAUGCAUCCAGCCCAACGAGAACUUUACCCUGACGUGGAUCUUCAGCCCCUUGGAGGAGACCAAGUACCUGUUCCGAGUGGGGAUGUGGGUCUGGGAAGCCGGCACGCCCCCCGGCGCCAAACCCCCCACCACCCACUACAUGCUCCGGCUGGUGGGCGUGGGCACCAGCAGCAGCCUCUGUGCAAAGGCAAAGGAGCUGGACUUCGGGAGCAUCCAGGUGAACAGCACGCAGUCCAGGUCUCUGGAAAUCGUGAACAAUGGAAACUGCACCCUCUAUUAUCGCCUGUUCCUGGAGCAGAGCAGCCCCGAGGCCGACGGCAGUGACCCCCUCGCUCUGCAGCUGGACCGGACAGAAGGGAGCUUGCCAUCUCGGUCCAAGGACACCAUCAACCUGACAGCCUGCCCCAAGCACCAGUCCCAGUUCUCCUGGACCGUCAGCUACUCUCUCCUCUCCCACAGAGAUAACAAGGUUGGGGAGAAGCAGGAACUGUGUCGUGUCACCCUGGUGGCCGUGUACCCCUUGCUUUCUGUCCUGGACGUCUGCUCCAUGGGCAGUGCUGAGGGCAUCACCCGGCAGCACCUGUGGCACCUCUUCUCCCUGGACACGCUCAACAGUUACCUGGAGCGUGAGCCCACGCCCUGGGAGCUCACCUACAAGGUGCCCACCAGGCACAGCACAAGCCAAAUUCCCCCCAUCUUCACCCCUUUGAAGCUUGACUUCAAUUUCGGGGCCGCGCCGCUCGACGCCCCCCCUUCUGUGGUGCUCCUGGUCCUGAAGAACCGUGGAGUGGUCCCCGUGGACUGGGCCUUCCUCUUUCCAAGUGACCAGCGGAUAGACCUGGAGCUGUGGGCAGAACAAGCCGAGUUUGACCACACAGAAUUGCACCAAAUGCGCGUGCAGGACAAUUGCAUUUUCUCCAUCAACCCCAAGACUGCAAGCCUGAGUCCCGGGCAGGAGCAGAUGGUGGAGUUCAAGUACAGCCACCUGUUCAUCGGCACUGAUCGCCUCCCAGUGCUCUUCAAGGUGUCCCAUGGCCGGGAGAUCCUGCUAAAUUUCAUAGGUGUGACAGUGGAGCUGGAGCAGAAGUAUGUACACUUCACCUCCACCAGCCAUCAGUUCAUCCCUGUCCCCAUCGGCGACAAGCUGCCCCCACGGCAGAUUUAUGAGCUGUAUAAUGGUGGCUCAGUGCCCGUGACAUAUGAGAUCCAGACCAACAUCCUGUCUCAGAUUCAAGAAAAAAAUUUUGAUCAUCCCAUUUUCUGCUGCCUCAACCCCCAAGGGGAGAUCCAGCCAGGCACAACUGCUCGGAUCUUGUGGAUCUUCUCACCCAUUGAGGCCAAGACCUACACGGUGGACGUGCCCAUACACAUCCUGGGAUGGAACUCGGCCCUCAUCCGCUUCCAGGGAGUGGGCUAUGACCCCCACAUCAUGGGGGACACGGCCCCAUUCCACAACAUCUCCUCGUGGAGUAACAGCUCAGUACACUCUAGGCUGAUGGUUCCUGGACAGACUGUCUUCCUGUCCCAGUCUCACAUCUCCCUGGGAAACAUCCCUGUGCAGAGCAAGUGCAGUCGCCUGCUAUUCCUCAAUAACAUCUCCAAGAAGGAGACAAUUGUCUUUGCCUGGCAGCGGAAACUUCUAGACCUCGGGGAGGUGUCUGUGAGUCCCAUGAUAGGGGAGGUGGCUCCUGAAGAGGCAGUUCCAUUUGUGGUGACGCUGAAGGCCUCGGUGGAUGCCAGCUUUUACAGUGUGGACCUGCUGUGCAAGGUGUACCGGCAGGAACUCCUGAAGCAGUACCAUAGGGAACUGCAGGCGUGGAAGGAGGAGAAGGCCCGGCAGGAGGUGGAGUUCACCAUCACCGACAGGAAAGUGCAGAGGAGGAAAUGCUAUACAGCCUGUGAACCCAGAAAGAAGUACAAGACGCUGCCCCCCAUCAAGAGCCAGAAGUCUCUCAACCAGCCCGCCAGCUGGAACCUGCAGAUCCCACCGGAGCAGUCAGCCUGGCCAUGCCCAGAGCUGCCCACACCAGGCAUGCUCCGCCUGGGCCUCACUGCUCGCGCCCAUGCCACCGACUACUUCCUGGCCAACUUCUCGGAGUUUCCCUGCCACUUCUUGCACCUGGAGCUGCCAAAGAGGAAGCCCCGGAAGAAGGAGUCAGGGACUUCUCAAGAAGAAUCCCGCAAGGGGACCCCUGUCUCCAAGGAGGAGAAGCAGCUCCUGGUUGACUGUCUCACCACCAUCAUCAGGGGCCUGCUGGAGGACAAGAACUUCCAUGAUGCUGUGGACAAAAGCCUGGUGGAGCAGGUGCCAUACUUCUGCCAAUUCUGGAAUGAGCAGUCAGCCAGAACCAUGGCCCGCAGGAAGAACCUGCACCUGAUGCCAGUCCUGUCUCUGCCUCCUGAUAGCUGGGAGGACAAGAAAGGCAAAGAGGAGGAGGAGGACAAGUCAAGGUUGGGGAAGAAGGAAUGGAGGGAGGAGGAGGAGAAGGAUGAAGAGGAAGAGGAGGAGCUGGAGGAGGAGGAGGAAGAGGAGGAGGAGGAAGAGGAGGAGGAGGAAGAGGAGGAGGAGGUGGACAAGGAGGAGAUAGACAAGGAGGAAUCCAGGGAGAAAGAGAUGGGGGAAAAGGAAGAGAAGUUGUCCUGGCAAGGGUUGGAGCCCACACUACAGCCAGAAUCCCAGGAGUCCCUGCAACAGCAGUUUGAGCAGAAGCUGAAGGCCAUAAUGAAGGAGGAGAAAGAACAGGAUGAGAAAGAGGCCAUCAGCCGGCUUCCGGCCUUCGCCAACCUGCGGGAGGCGCUGCUGGAGAACAUGAUCCAGAACAUCUUGGUGGAAGCAAGCCGCGGGGAGGUGGUGCUCACCUCGCGGCCGCGCGUCAUCGCCCUGCCGCCGUUCAGCGCGCCCAGGAAUUCGACCCCGGACCGGCCGCUGCAGACCCCCUCUGUACUGCAGCCAGUGGAGGUGCCCCUCCUGGUCGUACCGCCCACUACCAAGUCUUCGCGGACGCCAGUGCCCAGCCCCCCGGACAUGCCGCCCUAGGCCACGACCGGCUUCCUCUCCACUCGCCAGUAAAGCAUCUAGUCUUUUUCUUUU